AUGAGCUUGAAGGUCAUAGUCAAGGUCAAGUUUAAGGUUUUAAACUAUCCAUUAGGAUCGUGGUCGAGGUCAUGGCCAAAAAUAUAUUUUAACGUAAAACUUCCCAUUCAUUACAUUUUCGGUGUCUUUAGAAAAAACUGUCUUGAUCUUGAAUGUCGGAAUCAAGGUCACAUCAACAUCACCUACAGAAGCUCCUUUUGGAACAUCGUGGAUUGGUGUUGGCCCCAACAUUUAUUCUGUUACCUCCUCUCCUGCACGAUCAAUUUGAUCCGCAGAUCUGCCGAUGACAGCACUGUGCAUGCAGCCAUUCUGUGUGACAAGCCGAUAUCUUCCGGACGUAAACCCACUUCACUCUCGGAAUGUCCGGGUGGAGGGUGGGCUCGAGGGAAAAACAUCGAAGAUAAAAUUUGUUUUUCGAACAUCUGCGGGAUUAACAGCAACAUUGAUGCUGUUCAUCACUACUUGCAAUCCAAUCGUCCCGCCGUGCUUUUCUUGGCGGAGACAAAAAUCUCCAAGACUGCACCGAUUAACCAUCUCAACUUCCUGAACUACGAGAACGGGGGAGUUGUGGCUUUUGUCCGCAGCAGUCUUUCCUGCUCCAGGGAUCUGUCUUUGGAAUCAGACCGGAAGGACAUUCUGUGGCUUCGCCUCAACUCCAAAACUUCACCCAAAUUUAUUUGCUGCCUUUAUCGCUCUCCCUCGAACCAUAACUGGGAUGUCCUACUCGAAUACCUCGCCGUCCAGAUCGACUUCCUGAACAUCAAUCACCCCGCUUCAGAGGUAGUUCUUCUCGCAGGUCGUGCAGUCGAAGCGUUCGCUCUUACUCAAGGGCUGACCCAGCUGGUGACGAGCCCUACUUUUUUCCCCGCCCUGCUGGAUCUCUUUCUGACCACGCAUCCUGUCCCUUACAGCACUGCUGUUAGGUUUCGGUCAGAAGCUGCUGGGCUCAGAGACUUCUUCUGUAGCUUUCCUUGGAGAGAUGCUCGCCAGCAGACGAUCAAGGCACACAGAACCUACUUACAAAACCCCACUGUAGAGAACAGACCAGCCGACGUCGAGUCCAGAAACAAAUAUAACGAAGCGGUUCGCAAUGCCAAAAACCAGCACGAUAUAAAAGUUAGGCACAGGGUAAUGUCGCAGCGCAAUGACAGUCGGUCUUUCUGGACGCUGGCCAAGCAGAAUGUAAAGAACUUCCCACACAGUAGCCUUCCACCACUUACGUGUCAGGAUGGAACUAUUGUAUUCGACUCAAAGACCAAGGCGGAAGUGCUAGCCAAGAUCUUUGCUGCCAACUCCACCAUGGACGUCCCCACCAACGCCAUCGUAAGACGAGUGCUCUUGUCGCUCGACAUCAACAAAGAUUCUGGUCCGGACUUGAUUCCUGCCACUGUACUGAAGAGAUAUGCAGCGGAGCUUGCUCCAGUUCUUUCGCGUCUCUUCCAGAGAUCUUAUGAAUCCGGCACCUUCCCAGAAAACUGGAAAUUUGCUCAUGUUCAGCAAAAGGCCGACCCUUACAACUACAGGCCUAUAGCUCUGCUUUCUGUUAUAAGUAAAGUGAUGGAGAGGUGCAUAAAUCGCGAGCUUCUGGACUAUCUCGAACGUCACAGCUUAAUUAGCGACAGGCAGUACGGUUUCCGGCACCAACGAUCCACAGGGGACCUCCUAGCUUACGUCACGCUGUUGUGGAGUAAACUCAUCCAGUCUCAUGGUGAGGCUCAUGUCGUUGCUCUUGACAUCACGAAAGCGUUCGAUCAGCUGUGGCACGCUGCCCUCUUAAGCAAACUUCCAUCGUAUGGCCACCCAGAACAGAUUUGCAGAUGUGUGGCUGACUUUAUCUCUGGCCGCAAGACAUCCGUCGUACUUGACGGAUUCUCCUCUUCAUCCCACAACGUCAACGCGGGUGUUCCCCAGGGAUCGAUCUUGGCUCCGACAUUGUUUCUCUUACAUAUCAACGACCUCCUUUCCUGCACGAUCAACCCAAUCCACAGGUUCGCCGAUGACAGCACUCUACAUGCAGGAAUUCAGAGUGACAGGCCGAUCUCCGCCGCCAAGCUGGAAAAAAGAAGACUAGCGACGACUUCUUCUCUGACAAGAGACCUGGAGGCUAUCACUGCUUGGGGACGCAACAAUCUUGUACAGUUCAAUGCUUCCAAAACACAGUACUGUACUUUGACGAACAAAAAGCGUCCUAGCGCUCAUACAGUUUCGAUUGACGGCCGAGUUCUACCAAAGAGCCAUUCAUUUCGGCUGGUUGGAGUCCAGAUCACCGAGGACCUGAUCUGGCACGAACACAUUUCGUCAAUAGCUGCAGAUUCUGGAAAAAAGCUAGGCUAUUUGUUUAGGGCUAAGAAGUACUUUUCUCCGCAUGACCUUCUCACUCUAUACAAGGUCCAGAUAAGGCCUAGCCUCGAGUAUUGCUCACACAUUUGGGGUGCUGCCGCCCCGACUACAUUGUCCAUGCUCGAUGCUGUCCAGAGGAGGGCGGUCCGACUGAUCGAUGACUCUUCUCUAACAGAUAGUCUCGGGACUCUUUCGCACCGGCGGGCUGUCGGCGAUCCAGCUCUUUUACUACCACAGACCCGCCUGACUUCGGCGUCCCAUCCUAACCGUGUCAAACUUCGUACAUCCAGAACUGGCCGAUACGACCGCUCCUUUGUCCCGAGAGUGUCUAAAUUGUGGAACAAUCGACAAGAGGAAGCUUUUCCCAGUUCUACUAACCUUAGGCAGUUCAAAAAUCGUAUUAACAAAAUUUCUUUGGGAUCAUCAUACCAGCCGCGAAAAAUGGAACUCAACCGAGAACAUUUUCGCGCCAUAAUUUAUUACAUCUUUCAGAGACAAUUAUCGCAUCACGAAUGCCUUGCUGAGUUACUGUCUGUUUUCGACAACGAAGCGCCACAUCAUCUUAGCGACGAUCCCAGGGUGGGUGCACCAAAAACGGCAGUCACCCAGGAAAACGUCGAUGCUGUGCGCAAACUCAUCAUUGAAGAUAAACAUGUGACAUAUCGCGAGAUUGAAGCGUCCUUGACGAUCUCAAAGACCUCAAUUCAAAAAAUUUUACAUGAAGAAUUAGGAGUAAGAAAAUUAGUUUCUCGUUGGAUACCCCACCUCUUCACUGAAGAGCAGAAAGCAACCAGGGUUAAUUGGUGUCAAAAAACGCUUGACCGUUUCAAUUCCGGAAACUCAAAAAAUGUGUACAGCAUUAUUUACUGUUAUGAACCAGAAAAUAAACGACAGUCGGCUGUUUGGGUGUUCCAAGGUGAAGAAAAGCCAACAAAAGUCAUCCGUUCUCGAAGUGUUUCGAAAAAGAUGGUCGAGACAUUUGUGUCAAAAGCGGGUCAUAUUGCAACAAUUCCUCUUAAUGAGCAAAGAACUGUUACUGCGGAUUGGUAUCCCACCAUUUGUUUGCCAAAAGUCAUCACCGAGCUUCUAAAAAUCAACCCUGAAAGAAGAAUCAUCCUCCACCAAGGCAAUGCAAGCUCGCAACUGCGUGGUCAAAGGUUCCAGUCACCAGAAGAAACAGUUGACGCAUUCAAAAAUGACGUUUUGGAUCUGCCACCAAACGAGAGGAAUGAGUGCUUCCAAAAUUGGUUCGAGCGCAUGCGGAUGUGUAUUAACCUUCCAAGUGGAGUUCCUCAAGGCUCUGUCUUGGGGCCAACAAAUCCGCGAUUUACAUACAAGAUCUCUGACCACAACAUCGAAGCAGUUUCGAGCCACACUGAUCUGGGCGUUGUAAGGUCUUUCAAAGGAUCCGAUGUCAAAACUUGCGCCUACAUUUACAAGGCAUUCGUGAGGCCAAUUCUUGAAUUCGCUGGCCCGGUAUGGGACACUGUGCUUCUGCGCGAUAGAAAUCUCGUCGAAUCACGAAGACUUCGUGGCGAUCUUAUAGUUACGUUCAGGAUACUUCAUGGUUUGAUGGGCACCAACCUCAUGCAUCUAUACCAUCUGUCGCGCAGCAAUCUACGCGGACACAGCUUCAAACUGCAUAAGGAGCCAUUUAAAACAACAUUAAUAGCUUCAAAGUGCAGUAUGAUAGCUGGAGGAUUUCAUCAGGGAUGA